GCUGACCAUGUGACGUCACCACCAGCUGAAAAUACCAGGUAAUGUCAGUGUAUAUCACUGUCACAAAUUCAUUAAAUGUCCAGUGCAGCCCUGUACGGUUCUCUGUAGCUGAAUCCCGGUAUAUUGCUGAGGUAUAUCUCAAGCUCUGAAUGAUAAGAAGAUUCAUAGUGUCUAUGGAAUGGCUGCAGUGUGGCAGCAGGUCUUGGCAGUAGAUGCAAGGUACAACGCUUACCGAACACCCGCACACCCUCAGUUUCGUACUCAAUACAUCCGAAGGCGUAGCCAGCUUCUGCGAGAGAAUGCUAAAGCUGGAUAUGAUCCAAAUAUCCGUCGGCAGUACCUGAAAUUGCGUAGCCAACUUUUGGCACAGCGGUACGGGCCUCUUUCAGAACAGAGUAGCUUCCGGGCUCACAGUAACAGCAUCCGUAGCUCUAGAACUACACUAGAUCGCAUGGAGGAUUUGGAGGAGGAUCCUCGGUCUCAGGGGUCAAGAGGUCAUAGACGUUCUAUGAGCCGUGGCUCAUACCAGCUUCAAGCGCAAAUGAAUCGAGCUGUCCAGGAAGACCGGGCUCCAGGCAGUGUAGUGCCAACUCCUUUGGCAGAAGCAAGUCGGGCAAUGGCAGGUGAUACUACCUUGAGUGAGAAUUAUGCCUUUGCUGGCAUGUACCAUAUAUUUGAUCAGCAUGUGGACCACGCUGUUCCCAAGGUGCAGUUUGCCAAUGAUGACAAGAAUCUUUUAGCUUGCUGCUCUCUGGAUGGGACAAUUUCUGUGUGCCAGCUGGUUCCCACACCCCCUGCUGUUCUGCAGACUUUGCGUGGACAUACCCAUGCUGUAAGUGACUUCUCUUGGUCCUUGUCCAAUGACAUCAUCGUGUCAACCUCUUUGGAUGGCAGCAUGCGAAUAUGGAACACACACGAUGGACUUUGUAUUCGUCAUAUCCCAGACCCAGACUCUGCUCCAAUGCUCUGCUGUACCUUCCAGCCAAUUAACAACAAUCUCACUGUGGUUGGAAAUGGGAAGAACAACGUUCAUGUAAUGAACAUCUCCACAGGGAAGAAGGUAAAGGGAGGCAGCAGUAAGCUGACAGGCCGCGUGCUAUCACUGUCCUUUGACUCAGCGGGUCGGAUCCUAUGGGCAGGCGAUGACAGAGGCAGUAUCUUCUCUUUUCUUUUUGACAUGGCUACAGGUAAAUUAACAAAAGCCAAACGUCUGGUCGUGUCAGAAGGCAGCGCUAUAAGCAGUAUCUCCGCCCGCUCUUGGAUCAGCCGUGAGGCCAGGGAUCCCUCUCUGCUUGUGAAUGCUUGUAUCAACAAACUAUUGUUGUAUAGGGUUGUAGAUAACGAAGGAACACUGCAGUUAAAACGAACUUUUCAAAUCCAGCAAACGAACAAUGCAAUACGCAGUAUUUUCUGUCCUUUGAUGUCCUUCAGACAAGGAGCCUGUGUUGUGACCGGCAGUGAAGACAUGUGUGUAUAUUUCUUUGAUGUGGAGCGAGCUACUAAAGCCAUAGUAAAUAAACUACAGGGACAUAGUGCAGCUGUGUUGGGUGUUAGCUUUAAUUGUGACGAGAGUCUUCUGGCUUCAAGCGACGCAAAGGGGAUGGUAAUUAUCUGGCGACGGGAGCAAAAGUGACCCAUUUGCACCUUCUGGAAAACCUGUGGCUGCUUUUAAACUUGACUGUGUUGUAUCUAUUAUUUAUUUCUCUGCUUCCCAAACUUAAUACAUUCCUUUUAAAAGCCUA